AACAAACAAGCCAAGAUGAAUCCGCGAGGACCAAGCUAUCCGAUGGCAUCCCUCUACGUUGGAGAUCUCCACCAUGUCACCGAAGCCAUGUUGUUCGAGAAAUUCUCGACAGCAGGACCCGUGUUGUCCAUAGGUGUAUGUCGAGACAUGAUAACUCGACAAUCACUUGGUUAUGCUUAUGUUAAUUUUCAACAACCUGCUGGCGCUGAAAGGGCUUUGGACACGAUGGACUUUGAUACUAUCAAGGGUAGAAAAAUCAGAAUAAUGUGGUCUCAACGUGACCCUUCCUUGAGAAAGUCUGGCGUGGGCAAUGUGUUCAUCAAGAAUUUGGACAAGAGCAUUGACAACAAGGCUCUAUACGAUACUUUCUCAGCUUUUGGCAACAUCCUGUCUUGUAAGUUAGCUUCCGAUGAAAAUGGCUCCCCGGAUUAUGGCUUUGUCCAUUUUGAUACUGAAGAAGCAGCCAGACAGGCCAUUGAGAAAGUUAAUGGCAUGUUGCUCAACGGCAAGAAAGUGUAUGUUGGCAAGUUCAUCCCUAGGAAAGAGCGAAUCGCCCUCCUUGGUGACAAGAUGAAACGCUUCAACAAUGUUUACAUCAAGAACUUCGGAGAUGAGUUAGAUGAUGACAAGAUUAGGGAAUUGUUUGAUCCAUUUGGCAAGAUCAUAAGUGCCAAGGUUAUGACUGAUGAAAUUGGCAAGUCUAGAGGGUUUGGUUUUGUUAGCUACGAAGAACCUGAGGCAGCUGAGAAGGCCGUAGACAACUUGAACGGCAUGGAGCUUGGAGGGGGGAAGGUGUUGUAUGCUGGGCGUUCACAAAAGAAAGCAGAAUGUCAAGCUGAACUGAAGGACAAGUUUGAGAAGAUCAAAAUGGAGAGGAUCAACCGAUACCAGGGUGUGAAACUGAAUGUAAAAAAUCUGGAUGAUGUGGUUGAUGACGAGAGACUUAGGAAGGAGUUCUCACAGUUUGGAACCAUCACCAGUGCUAGAGUCAUGAGUGAAGGUGGGCGGUCCAAAGGCUUCGGCUUUGUGUGCUUUAGCUCUCCAGAGGAGGCAACCAAGGCUGUGACGGAGAUGAAUGGUCGUAUCAUUGUGUCAAAACCUCUGUAUGUGGCUCUGGCCCAGCGCAAGGAGGACAGACAAGCUCACCUCGCCUCACAGUACAUGCAGAGAAUGACCACAAUGAGACAACAGCAAACCUCACAGUUUAGCCAGAUGUUCCAGCCAGCUGUGCCCACCAUGCCCCAAGCCCAGCGUGGAUUCUUUGCACCAACACAGAUGCCCCAGGUCAGAGCCAGUCCCAGGUGGCAGACCCAAGUCCGACCCACGCAGCCAACUGCUGGUUUCCAAGGCAUGCCUGCCAGUGGCCAGAUGCGCACCACUGCCCCACGAGCUGAUCAGCCAGCUGUCCUUGCAGUUGUCAAUGCCCAGCCAAUGCCCCAGCAGUCGGUUGUCAUCCCAGGGCAGGAGCCUCUGACAGCCUCCAUGUGGGCUGCUGCACCACCACAGGAACAGAAGCAGAUGCUAGGAGAGAGGCUGUUCCCUCUGAUCCAGAGGAUGUACCCCGAGCUUGCUGGAAAAAUCACUUGCAUGUUGCUCGAGAUCGACAACUCAGAACUUCUUCAUAUGUUGGAGUCAAACGAGACUCUCAAGGCAAAGGUUGAUGAUGCUGUUGCUGUAUUGCAAGCCCACCAGGCCAAAGAAGCCGCUGCCAUGUCCAAGGGCGACAAGUGAUCUCUCAUCAGUUCCUCCGUUUGUCAUUUCUGCACCGUCAAGCUAGACAGGGAACAUCUGGACAAAAGACAAUUUAGCUGAAAAGAAGCUGGAUUGUAAAUUGUAGCUGUUUGUGCAAGCAAAAUUUGUCUUGCAUG